CUUCGCGACUUCUGCUCCAGGGCUCCUCCUGCCUGCUCUCUCCUCGUGUGCGCCACCGCCGAGCCAGCCCACCGCCCCGCGAUCCUUCCGGAAUGCUCCUCCGCGGCGGCCGCCGCGCCGCGCUCCUCCUCGCCGCCGCCGCCGGCGUCGCGGACGCCGGGGUCCUCACGCGUCGCGACCCCGACACUGCCGUCUACGCCUCGGCCUCCCCGCCGCUCCGCCAGGCCCUCUCCGCCGCCGCCGCCGAGGGGCUCCGCUCCGGCGCCCGCCUCUUCUCCCCGUGGCUGCUUCCUCCUCCUCCUCACCAAGGGUUCCCAAUACUAAAUUCCUUUGCUUCGGCAUCGGUUUCACCUGCUGACUUGAGGGGCCAAGGUUCUGCUGGAAGCUCAGAUGAUUCAAGAUGUUGCCCAGGGUGUCUAGGCAGGAAUUCGAUUGCCAAAGCAGCAUCUGCAGUUGGUCCUGCUGUUGUAAACAUUUCUUGUAUGCAAGAUGCUCAUGGAUGGCGCCUAGGGGAGAGCAUUGGGUCGGGAACUAUAAUAGAUCCCGAUGGGACGAUAUUGACAUGUGCGCAUGUUGUUGCAGAUUUUCAGAGCACAAAAGCAGUUGUGAGGGGAAAGGUUAGUGUGACUUUACAAGAUGGCCGUGAAUUUGAAGGUGUUGUCCUUAAUGCUGACCGCCACUCUGACAUCGCUGUUGUGAAGAUUAAAUCUAAGACCCCAUUACCGGCUGCCAGGCUUGGAUCAUCAUCAAGACUUCAACCAGGUGAUUGGGUUGUUGCUUUGGGCUGUCCACUUUCUCUUCAGAACACAGUUACAGCUGGUAUUGUCAGCUGUGUUGACCGGAAAAGCAGUGAUCUGGGUCUUGGAGGAUUACGAAGGGAGUAUCUGCAAACAGAUUGCGCCAUUAAUCAGGGGAAUUCUGGAGGCCCUCUUGUGAACCUCGAUGGUGAGAUUAUUGGAGUUAAUGUGAUGAAAGUCAGGAAUGCUGAUGGUUUGAGCUUCGCAGUACCAAUUGACUCUGUCAUUAAAAUAGUAGAUAACUUCAAGAGAAAUGGGAGAGUUGUGAGGCCAUGGCUUGGUUUAAAGAUGCUAGACCUGAAUCCCAUGAUCAUUUCACAGCUCAAAGAAAAAUCAAGUACUUUUCCAGACGUAAGAAAAGGAGUGCUUGUUCCUAUGGUUACACCAGGAUCUCCAGCUGAGCAGGCAGGAUUUCGACCUGGGGAUGUGGUGGUUGAAUUUGGUGGCAGACCAGUUGAAAGCAUCAAAGAGAUCAUUGAUAUCAUGGGGGACAAGGUGGGAGUGCCAUUUAAAGUUCUUGUUAAAAGAGCAAACAAUGUGACAGCGACAUUAACUGUGAUACCAGAGGAGGCAGAUGCCAGCAGAUGACCCCAAAUUGAUCUGCUGGGAAGCAGAGAUAAUACCUAAUAGGAGGAUUUUUUCCAUUGGACCUCCAAUUUUCAUUACAUAUACUUUCCAUCCGAAUUUUGUAUGUAACUAAGCAUGGGUGACAGGACCACCCAAAAGGAAAGAACAAGAGAAUACAUGGGAAAUAGAGAUAUUGGCGCAAUGUUCAGUCAUGGACUCAUGGUAUGUACUGGCUUUUAAUUUGUUCUCUGUAGCAUGUCUUCAAAUCGAUAAUCAUAGUGCCUCAUCUUAUUUCUUUGGAA